AAGCGCCCAUUCAUCUCUUCACUUGGGCGUUGGACUCCGCAUCUUAUUAGCAACAAGGGAAAUUUCUCCAUUUUGCAGCCUGUCUACAGCGACACGGCCACCAAUCUGGGAUUUUAUUACUUCUCCUGAGCUGCCAGCUUUUUCCUGCUAUUUACAAAAAGCCUGCUCACUCUCACUGGACUUUGCUUUACAUUUUCUCUGUGAACUUUUUGGGUUCUCUGCGCACAGAGAAGGAGACAGCAGCGAAGAGCUUUGAGUUUCAACAAAGAGGCUUGCGGGUCUUUGUUCGCUUUUUUUUUUUUGGAUCGGUUGAGUUUCUUUGUUGGAGCGAAAAGCAUGGGAGCGCAAUUUUCAAAGGCAGCUGCAAAGGCUGAAAUCGCGACUGACAAGCCCGGAGAGGCUGCUGCUUCACCCACCAAGACCAACGGACAGGAAAAUGGCCAUGUUAAAGCGAACGGGGAUGCUUCUCCUGCAGCGGCCGAGAAUGGCAAAGAGGAGGUGCAGGCCAACGGCAGCGCCACGGCUGAGGAGGCACCCAAAGAGGAGGCUGAGAAGGCAGAGGCUGCCCCUGCUGAGAAAGAGGCCGCAGAAGGGGAGAAGGUAGAGGCUGCAUCUCCCGCUCCUGCUGAGGGUGAGGCAGCUGCCAAGGCGGAGGAUGGCGCCACGCCUUCCACCAGCAAUGAAACCCCAAAGAAGAAGAAGAAGAGGUUCUCCUUCAAGAAGUCCUUCAAGCUCAGCGGCUUCUCCUUCAAGAAGACCAAGAAGGAGACUGGAGAGGGAGCCGAGAACGAGGAGGCCACUGCAGCGGCGUCCACAGAGGAGGCCAAGGCCGAGGGCGCAGAGGAAGGAGCCGCGGCUGCGGGUGAGGAGGCCAAGCCUGCUGAGGGGGAGGCUGCACCUGCUGCCGAGCAGGCCAAGGAGGAGGUAGAGGCCAAACCAGAGGCGGCAGCUGCUGCAGCAGCAGAACCAGCAGCAGCACCGGCAGAGAAACCGGCCGAGGCGGCCAAGGAGGCCGCGCCCGCUGAGGAGCCAAAGGCCGAGGAGCCAAAGGCCGAGGAGAAGCCAGCCGAGGAGGCGCCCAAGACAGAGGAGGCCGCCCCGGCCUCGCAGGAGGCAGCGUCAGCGGAGGCCCCGGCUGCAGCCGCAGAGGCCGCCGAGUAAACGUGGAGAGAAGAAAUUUUGGGGGAAAAAAAGGAGAAAAAAGAUAAUCAAAGAACAUUUCCCUGUUUGUAUGUUGGAGUGAUGCCAGGUCCUGGCUUUGAAGAACUUGUCUACAACCAGGGAUAUUUUAAAGCUUUUCUUCAUUUUUUUAAUUUUUGGUUUCCAUUCCCUCCCCUCCCCCUUACACAAAACCCAUCUCGGUCCAUUGUUACUUCCAUUACGACGGGCUAAGGGAGGUGGGUGGCUUCAACUUGUACAACAGAUAAAUACAUCCACACUCUGCCAUAUAUUUUUUCAUCAGUAUUACUUUUGUUUUUUUUGGUUUCGUUCCUUUUGAAUUUUUAUACAAAAUGUAAACAAAAUGGUAUGGACAUGCCCACGGUAUGAAGGAGAGGAGGGGGUGAGCUGUAAAUGAAGAGAGGGGGGCGUGGUGGGGGGUUCAGGGAGGGGGAGGGGAGGAAGGGGGCCUGGGAAAUGUGCCACAGACUAUUAUGGAAAGAGUAGUCUUAAAACAAACUAUGAGACCAACAUCUAUUAUACACCAUACAGUUUACAACACUAAGACCUUUUUGAAAAUACGACCACAAGACAUCCCAGAGUUAGCGUUUUUUAGGAAGACAUAUAAACUCAUAGGAGGCUUUUCACUUCUCAUUAGCUGUACCAGUCAGUGAUUCAGUAGAAAUACAAGUUGUAUAGGCUUUAUUGUUUGUUGGUUUUAUGACCUUAAUAAAAAUGUAAGUAUGUAUAGGCGGGGUGUUUUUAACUGUGAUUAUUGUACAAAAUGAAAAAUCUUGAUCUCAAGAAGCACAUGAAGUUUGCAGCUCUUUUUCCACCCGCUCAUUUUUGUAAGAUAACAACACGCAAAACGAAAAAAACGUCAGCCCAGAAAGACCUUCUUAAGCAAUUUUGAACUCGAAAAAAAAACCAAGCUGUGAUAAGUGGAAUGGUUAACUGUUUAUAUACUGUGGUAUGUUUUUGAUUACAGCAGGCGAUGCUUUUUCAGUGGUCUUUGACAAAAAUUAAGGAAUCUAUCAGAUGCAAAUGUUUGUGUAGCAUCUUGUCUCUCUCUCUCUCUCUCUCUUUCUUUUCCUUUUGUAAAUACUGGAGAAGCUUUGACCAGUUUGACUUAGAGAUGGAAUGUAACUUUGCUUACAAAAAAAUUGCUAUUAAACUCCUCUGCUUAAGGUGUUCUAAUUUUCUGUGAGCACACUAAAAGCAAAAAAUAAAUGUGAAUAAAACUUGAGCUGCA